CUAUAGCGCCACCUUUAUCAGCAGGUUUAAUAAUUAUGUACUGUUGCUUAGAAACUGUUAGUAAGGUUUAGUAAAUUAAGAAUUUCUGUUUGGGAAAAUGUCAAAUAUUCUUAGGUCAAAAUGCUUAGUCGUUGGAGACUCUGCUGUUGGGAAAACUGCUUUGAUUCAAGUAUUUAACAGUGACAAUACAUUUUAUCCUAAAAACUAUACAAUGACGUGUGGUGUAGACCUGGUUGUGAAAACUGUCAAUGUUCCAGACACGAAUGAUGUGGUGGAAUUGUACUUCUAUGAUUCAUCUGGAAAGGAGACUUACCUUGAUAUGAUGCAAAAGUUGUGGCAUAAUCCAUCCAUGUGGGCAUUAGUAUUUGAUGUUACCAAUGAAGAUUCUUUCAAUAAUAUGUCUUCAUGGUUACAAAAGCUACAAGAUCUAAAACCUGCCGUUCCACCAACAGAAAGACAUGACUGGAGUAGACGAACCCUUUUUUUACCUGGUAAACGAAUGGCACAAACUAUAUGUAGAACAAACUGAAAUUUUCAAAACAAUGUCUUAAUUUAUUUUUAAAAUCACAUUCUUUCAUUUGGUUCAUCAGUACUUGAAACUUGGAAUGUAGUGAAAUAAUUUUGAAUGAUUCUUGUUCACAACCUCUUUUGACACUUUUCAGAACUUAAAAUAGAUUUACUUUGAUAAGCUAUUGCAGAGGAAAUGUUUGAAGGUUGUUAAAACUAUUAUUCUAAAUAGAUUUAACAUCGUAAGCUCAUGUCGUGAUAAAAAUUAAAAACGAAGUAUGCUUAAAAGUUAGUAUUUUAUAAAAUAUUAAAAUCAUUACACUAUCUGAUGUAAGUUUAAUGUAAUAAUGACUCAUCACUACUCAUCAACUAGUCGUGUGUAUGAUUAAUCAAUAAUGUAUUUAAUUUUUAGACUGUAUAUUAUGUAAUGUUAUUUAUAUUUUUUCAAGC